CCCGGUGAAACUCCGUGUCCUUCUCGGAGCGAGGCGCCUGAAAAGUGUUGACGCUGUGGUGAAAAAACAGCGGAACCGCGAGUCGUGCGGCUGCGAGCAUAAGGAUACUUGUGAAAGAUGGUGGAUCGCUUGGCAAACAGUGAGGCAAAUACUAGAAGAAUAAGUAUAGUGGAAAACUGCUUUGGAGCAGCUGGUCAACCCCUGACUAUUCCUGGCCGUGUUCUGAUUGGAGAGGGAGUCCUAACAAAACUGUGUAGGAAGAAGCCCAAAGCAAGGCAGUUCUUCCUGUUCAAUGACAUUCUUGUUUAUGGUAACAUUGUCAUCCAGAAGAAGAAAUACAAUAAGCAGCACAUAAUCCCACUGGAAAACGUCACUAUUGAUUCCAUCCAGGAUGAGGGAGACUUACGGAAUGGGUGGCUUAUCAAGACGCCAACAAAGUCUUUUGCGGUUUAUGCUGCCACUGCUACAGAGAAGUCGGAGUGGAUGAACCACAUAAAUAAGUGUGUUUCUGAUUUGCUUUCCAAAAGUGGGAAGACCCCUAGCAAUGAACACGCAGCUGUGUGGGUACCGGACUCGGAAGCCACUGUGUGCAUGCGCUGUCAGAAAGCCAAGUUUACGCCCGUCAACCGUCGUCACCACUGCCGCAAGUGUGGCUUUGUUGUGUGCGGGCCCUGCUCGGAAAAGAGGUUUCUGCUCCCAAGCCAGUCUUCCAAGCCAGUGAGAAUCUGCGACUUCUGCUAUGAUCUUCUUUCUACUGGGGAGAUGACUGCUUGUCAGUCCUCUAGGUCAGACUCCUACAGCCAGUCACCUAAGUCAUCUCUAAAUGAUGUGUCUGAUGAUGAUGAUGAUGAAGACAGUAGCGAUUAAGGACCAAAUGUUUUUUCCAUGUGCUGCAAGUUGUAUUUCAAACCAUAUGGAGCUGCUUUUGGGGAAGUCUGUAGUGAGGUUCCUCAGAGAAAUCCUGUUCUAGCCAUGAAAUAUGCCUGAAUAUAUUCAACUGCAAUGUGCCUCAAUCUAUGAAUUCUCUAGACAAUAGUUGUUUUUUUCUCCUCUGCAGGGAUAGACUGGUGCAAAUGUUAUCAGAAUAUUUUCCAACUUCAUUUACUUGAGUUGUGUCUAAGUCUUGUGGAAGAUUGGAGAAUGAAAUGUACUUUCUUAAUUUAACAACCCAUACUUUCUAAUGUUUCACAUUGGUAUGUUAUGCGGGGGUUUUUUCAGAUCUGGGGAGGAAGACUGUAAGCGUGCAUGGGAUGAUGAUGUUUUCGUUAAUCCUGUAGACCAUCUUAUUUUUCUAGCCAUGGUAUAUAAUUAAUUACAAGGUCAUCCAAUUUGCAAACCUAAAUGUCACAAAACAUGGGAACUCUCGUUUUGCAGUUAGUUAUGAUUUCCUAUGCCAAGCAGUGCCUUGUACCAAUUGUGCUGAUUCAGGAAGAAACAAACGUAUUUUAUGUCUGUAUUUGCCUAAAUGCUGGUGUCUGAGAGAUUGUUGGUGCUAUUGAAAAUAACUGCUGUGUUCAAAGUGGAGCUUUGACAAGGUCAUAACUGCACCCCGUGGUGAAUGAUGGAGACCCAAAUGGCAUGUCCUCACCUAUGCAGGCAGACCGAAGACUUCAGAUUCCCACAGGCUUCAGCAGCUUUCUCCUUGCAGAAGUUGUGCUGUGGGUUGGGAUCUUGAGAUGAGAAGCUUAGGGAGAUUCUUCUUGGGGAUUUAUAUAGUUUCUUUUCAGAACCGUUUCUAAGUUUCAAAUUUGGCAAAUGCAUACUGAAAUUUUACUUGGGUGACACAGCAUUUGGGUGUGCUAGCCUACACAUUUUUGGAAGUAAUUCCCAAAAAUGUCACAAAUUCUUUUUCUUAAAACACUGGUGAGAGUCUUGGGUUUUUUCUUCCCCCUGGAGUUUUAUUGGCUUGUUUGAAAAUAACCUCAUAUUUUGAACAAGAAGCCUGCAAGUAUCCUUAUAAAAUGGGCUUUCCUUUUUACACAGCUGACCUCAGGAUAAAUGUAAGAUGCAAGUUAUUUCAUUUUAAAUGUAUACCCAGGACCAAGAAAAAUGUAUUUAAGGACUAUCAUGAAAUUGUCAGUGCAGAAAAUGUCACUAUCAUAGUGUUCAUUUUAAUUUCUUGAAUACAGAAGUGUCAUGUUCCCAUAUAAAUGCAAAAGUUACAUUUGCAAAGACAUGUUAAACUGGCAAAUACAUGUUUCUGUAUUUUUAUAAUGAUAACCUCAAUUUUGAAGCAGAAAAACCUCUUUGAAAUAGUUGUAUGAAUAUAGUAGCAACUGACUUUAUACAAAAAAUGUUAAACUUUUGUAUCUCUAAAUGACAAUUUCUGCACUGUUUGCCUUGGUUGGCAAUAAUUGGGUUAAAUAUUUAUUGAAUAAACAAUCAAUGCUGCAUGUUGCACUAGUCUCCCAUUCUCUAUGCUGAAAGUAUCAGUCAUAUUUUUUUGUAAAGAUUAGCAGAGUACUUCAGAGCCGUAUCCCUCCAUGAGAUUUCUGGUAGCUGAAGAUGCACUUAGCAUCUAUAGAGAGGCACUCUACAUUCAUACUUUGCAAGACAUUGCUUCAGGUGAAAAUUGUAUCAGUAAUUUUAGCUUAGACAAUUUCUAAAAAUAAGGCUUUCUUUAGAAGCACUGAGGAGUAUUUGUUCUAUUUGGAAAUAAAUACACAAAGGGAAAAACACUUUGAUGCAAACUUGGGACCAGGAAGAUUCUGUAAAAUUGUCAGAUUGUAUAUAUUGAAAGACUAGUGGAAAUAGUUGUAUGUACUUUUUCCUUGAAAGAUGGAGUGGUGACUCUGCAGCAGGGAAAAUGGGCUGUUCUGAGAAGGCACUUUGAGUUAAUAGUGAUUUUGUACCUCUUGGAAUUUCUGUUUCAGGAGUGGAGACUUGCUAUCUUCAGUUUUUCUCUAGAAUCGAAGUAUAAACCUCCCUUGUACGUACCUUCCAAUGACUAACAAUAGUUUUCUUCCUUAUCCAGUUGUUUCCUCAUUCUUAAGCUGUCAGAUUUUAACUGGUCUUAUUAAAGAGUCCAUCUCCUUGUGUACUUUCCCCUUGGUUUCCAUAGGUUUUGCUUUUCAGCACCUUUUGGUGGUGGGAAAAGGGUUUUUGAGAGUUAGAUCACAUCCUGUAUUUUGAGAAUGUACUUGUACCUACUUCAUAUAUCUUUUUACCUGUGAAGGAAACUUGCACUGUGCUGCACUGACCCCUGAAGCUGUAACCAAACCAAUGUGUGUGUGUGGAAUUUUUCACCUGAAAAUGGACUGAACAUUGACUUCUCUUGUGGUUAAAACUUUCUGAAAGGGCUCAUUUCAUACUUUGUAAUCUUGUUCUGUCGAGUUACUUUAUUUACAAAUACAUGGUAUAGCUUCAAUCCUGUGUUUAAUUUUCUUUAACUGUGGGCCUUCAGAGGUGAGAGAAAACAUGGCAGCUGGUUUUUAUAUUGACAAGUAGUUUAGCAGCAGGUUUAUUCACUGUCAGGAGAUACAAAUAAACUGGGAGCAUAAACGUGCAGAAGGAGUUUUAAGACUAAUUUUGAAAUAAGUGUGGUUAUGGAUAUAGAAGCCAGUUAUGCACUUAAGGAAUGUUUUAAAAGAAGUAUGACCAAGCACAAUGCAAAGUUUGUGUUUUGUUGGACUGAUGUUAGUUGCUGGAACUGACAGUUCCAGUCACUGGAAGUGGCUGGAGAGCCCUGCGUUUGGAGUAGCCCAGCUCCAACAAUACAGGUCUCUGUUCUUGGACCUGCCAGACCACCCCUGGGGACAAGACUUCAUGGAGUAUCAAACAGGAGAGGAACUUGGUACUUUCCCCAAAACUUCUGUGUUCUUCUGGUCAUAAAAUAGUGGUUAUGUAUGGGAAGUCUUUGUAUUUUCUGUACAUUGUGGUAGAUUUAACUUUUUUCUUUUUUUUGUUUUCUUUCUCCAAAUUCAAUCAAAUAAAAACACCAGCAUGCAUGUCUUUUAA